AUGCUUGGCCAUCGCCUUUUGCUCUCAGUUACGGCUGUAUUAGCCUCCCUGUCCCGGAUCCGGGCCGGCCAUCACCUCAUUGUCGGCGCGCCGGUGGCCCCCGGGGGGGAAGUCCCUCUGCGACUUAACGUCAACGACCUGCAGGCCGCUGCUGGACUCCAAUGGGAUCUUUUCAGCCUGCGCAACCGCAACUUGAAAGGCAACCUGUACGCCGCGUUUGUCUAUGCCCGUGACUUCAACCAGUUUGCCAUGACAGCCAACAAUGGUGUCGGUCUGGAACAGAUCCGCAACUGGAUUCAUGGCGAUGCUUCCUGCGGUCAGCAGUUCUGGCAACCUGAUCUUUCCGGGUUCGACCCUCUCUUAAUGCACACCACGAGAUCCGUAGCCAACAUCAACGGCAUGCGCUACUCGUAUGAAGGCCUGCAGUACUGGAAUAUGUCCAGCGCAGAUCUCCAGAAAUCUGCGACCGCUCUAAUUAACGAAAAGUACGGCAAUCAGGGUUGGUCCUCGAAGCGCGCCCGCGUCUCGUCGCAGUACUUUGCGCGCUUUGAGAUUGACCGCACCCAUGUCGAGCGGCCGAGCACCGUUGCGGUAUUCAUCGAUGGCACCAAAGCCGGCGAUGUGACCGUCAUGCCCCAGCCCCCCGUGGGUAUCAUGAAGGGCAGCUUCAUGAUUGACAGCUUUGUGCAGGACACUCUUGCCAGGACUGCCGGUUCCAAUGGAACUGUUGCCUCCAUCGCGCAUCUCGUCAGCAUCGAAAUUACCAAGCCCGAUGGAACUCGCAUCCCGAUCUCGUCCAUCAGUAGCCUGAAGCUCAGCCUUGAGGAAAUUCCUUUUACUCCUCCUAAAUCGAUCGAAGAGCUUCCAGUUUUAGGGAAGCCUACUGUUCACCGGAUUGCGGUCAGGGAACACUGGCAGGGACAGUAA